GACCCCGUCCUCGACGACAUCAAGAACAAGCUCCAUCACAAGGCACCACACUUUUUCAUGGUGCUUCGUGAGAUGCAUGUGGAUCAGAACACAUGGGUGGUCGCCCUCGCCCUCGUCAGCCACAGCAAAGAAGGGCUUGAAAGAGCCGCCCACGUCACCUCAAUUGCGGCCUCGCAGUUACAAUUGUGGGAUGACUGGGAGAAUGCCACCCCACAGCAGGUGGAAAACGCGUGGCGCUCGCCCUCGAAGAUGGUGACAUGGCACUGCCGCAAGGCCAUGGAGGAGCUCACCACGGGGG